CACUCUCGCGAGGUCUCGCACGUCCGCGCAGUCGAAGCGGGCGAAAACGAACGUCUUCUUCGGCGCUCGGUUCAAAAACUGGCCGUUGGAGCUGUGCGUGGUUGGUGAGGGCCAAUCCUGGCAGUUUUCUCGUAAUUUUCGCCCAGUUAAUACGCAUCACUGCGGGGAUAUUGGUAAGCCAAGGCCGCCACCACACAAUGGACAACUACGUCAAGGUGGAAAAGAUCGGUGAAGGUACGUACGGGAUUGUGUACAAGGGAAAGGACAAGCGUGAUGGGUCAAUUGUGGCACUGAAGAAAAUUCGUCUCGAGAGUGAAGACGAAGGUGUUCCAUCUACCGCUAUUCGUGAAAUCGCCCUUUUGAAGGAGCUGAGACACAAGCACAUUGUGAGGCUGCAAGAUGUGCUCAUGGAGGGAAGUGACAAGAUCUACCUUGUGUUUGAGUAUGUUUCGAUGGACCUGAAAAAGUACCUUGAUGGAUUUGAAAAGGGUGUGAAGCUUGCCGAAUCUCUUGUCAAGGACUACUUGAAGCAGAUUUUAGAGGCCAUCUUGUUCUGCCACCAGCGGCGUGUGCUCCACCGUGACCUGAAACCCCAAAACUUGCUCAUUGACGAGAAGGGCACAAUCAAAGUGGCUGACUUUGGUCUUGCCCGUGCUUUUGGAAUACCUGUCCGUGUCUACACCCAUGAAGUGGUUACCCUGUGGUACAGAGCCCCUGAAGUACUCCUUGGUGCUCAGCGAUACUCCACUCCAAUCGACAUUUGGAGUAUUGGUUGCAUUUUUGUGGAAAUGAUCAAUCGUAAACCUUUGUUUCAUGGAGACUCCGAGAUUGAUCAGCUUUUCCGCAUUUUCAGGACCCUGGGCACCCCAACGGAGGAGAACUGGCCACAUGUCGCCCAGCUUCCAGACUACAAGCCAAGUUUCCCCAGCUGGAAGGAAAACAUUCUGCACACACUUCUGCCUGACAUGGAUAACAAGGGCCUCGACCUGCUCAACAAAAUGCUGAUCUACAAUCCUGCCAAGAGGAUCUCUGCAAAGGAUGCCCUCAAACAUCAGUAUUUUGAUUAAGCCCUUGUCUGGUCUUUCCUUUCCACAGUGCAAGCUCUGUACUGAAUAAAGUUAGUUGUGGGCGAAACUCCAUGUGCCACCUUGGGGUAAUGUAUUGGAAGAGGGAUCAAGGUUCACCUGCACUGUAUAAUGGAAUUGCAGAUAUGUAUUUUAUACUGUUUCAUUUUACAUAUUUUGUAGAACUGAGUCUAUGUAUAUUUUAUGCGGUAUUUCUUUUUAUGCGACUUUUUUUGUACAGCUUCCUUUAUACACUUUACAAACCCAACUUGUACAGUUUUAACAUUUAUAUGUGCAGCACCUUACCGUCUUUUUACAUGUGUGCUGUCGUAAACAUACAGCUGUAAGUCUGGCUAACUGGAGUUUUAAAAUGAAUAGGAGGUUGGGUGGUGUCCACACAGAUGUGCUGCAGUUUUUAUUUGACUGAAGUGAUCAGAGAUUGAAUCGGCUCAACUUCCCAAUGAAAGCUUGCUGCAUUCCCCCCAUCUUCUGCACAAUUGUUUUUCUUUAUUCUUAGAUUUCGCCUUUGUCGAGGUUCUUGUGGAGCUGUUUUCUUUUAUGCCUUUUGUUGUUCAUAUCAUGUCGCUGUGUUCCUUUGCUAUAUGAUCGACUCGUUUGUAAUUAUAGUAUGUGUCCUCUUUUUUAUGAAAGUUUUAUGUUUACAGCGACAUCUGUGUUGCCUUGCUCUUUUUACAUGUUUUAAGUUAAUUAUGAUGUUUUUAUUCUUGCUUUCUAUGCUUUGUCCAGUGUACUUGUACGCACUUUGUAACACCAGCCUUAUGUCUAGCAAAGUUGUGUAGGCAGUUGACCAUGUGUCACAGAUGAAAAACUCUGGAGUGCUGCAAUUUCUUCCAUUUAUUGACAUUUUCAUUCAUGCCUCAAAGACUCAUAUUUUCAAAAUAUGAGGGUAUAGACAUCUGGAAGUUUCGAUUUUGCAUAACUGAAAGUUUGUGUGGCCUUCAUGUUGCAAUGAGGGCUGGUAAUAUUUUAUUAUAUACAUAUCCCCUCCAAAAGAAGACUACAGUAAAACUCCAUUAUCAUGAAGUAAUGAAUACAGCAAAUACUUAGUUAUUUAAUCUGUACUUUAAAAAUGUAGUGCUGCCCCUGAAAAAGUUGUGGUAAUGUGGCUAGAGCUCGCAACACUGGCAUUGAAGUAUGUGUACAAUUGUUUCUGGCAAAUUGUAACUGGAACUCCUACUGCUGUUGAAAAGAUAUGAAUGUAUGCAUUUGUGAGACUUGAAAAAGAUUUGACACUACAAAACUGGAAGGAUGCAUCAUAAGCAACACAGGUUUUCUUGUCAAUUGUAUGCCUUCAAGUUAAGAUGAAACAGCCUCUUUACAAUAGCUGUUCCAAAUAUAAGGUUCCACUGUUGUUAUAUGAUGAAACCAUAUUUCAGUUCCACAAUUUUGCUUUAUUGUCAGGUAUUCAGUGUGUGGUUUAGUGUAGUCGCAUGACUCACAUUGAUGCCAAGGAAAGAAACAAUGCUUUGAAAAACAGCAAUUUUCGUACUUUUAGACCCGCAUGUUUAUACUCUAAGCUGGCCUUUGUAAUGUUGUCUCAUGGCAUUAGGUUGUUCGAUCUGAAACCUGCAUUGUUUUAGUGGCAUAACCAAAAAAACAGGGUUCCUUAAAGAAUGCUUCAUCGCAAUAGGGGUUUACUGUAUCUAUAUAGAUAUGUGUAUCCCUAUAACUUACGGGGAAUGCAUGAAGCAUUUCUGUGGCCGCUUUGAAGAGUAGAAAGUUUCUGUCGUUACCUUGCAACUGCCGUAGCAUAUGAAAAACUUGUCCCUUUGUUUUAUUUCAUUUACUGUUAAUGCCACUUACUUUUUUGGAAUAUUUUUUCAUGCUUUGAUUGCAUGUGCAAGCUCGUAGAAUGGCAGUCUUUUGUGCUAUUUUUUAUCUCUUCCAAACGUUUGUGCCAAUUAUACUGUACACCGCAUUUCUUCUGAAACCAUGUUCAUACUUGUGAAAACCUGCACAUGAGUGCUCUUGAUCAUUUCUUUAUGUUGGUUGGUUGGAUAUGCUUGAGAGAUUUUCAGCAAACACUGCCACUUCUUUUCAUUGUUGUCAAGAGCUAGAUGUCCUUUGCUGUGACAUAAAUUUUUUUCUUUAAACCUUCAGCUCAAAGGUAUCUGCAUAUUAGGGUUUUGGGUGAGGAGUGGCAAUUGCAUGGGCUGCAUUUGCUUCAGUGGGUGUGGUGGUGAGAGCAGCCUGUGCUUUUGGCUUCUAUCCAUGUAAGCUUCAGAUUCCAGUAGCAUUUCCUGUCGGGAAAGAAAUGAAUAGACUAUCGCAAAAUGUUUUCACGUGUAAAAGCACCAGUAUAGGAUUUUUUGAAUAACAGGUCAGCUCUGUAGAUGGCACUUUUUUUAUCAUUGGCAUUACCAUUCGUUAUUAUAGAAGGAGCUUUUAAUUGUUUGUCCCACUGCCAAUCCAGUUGCACAAGUGCAUAUUUUUUCUGUAUAUGUAAUAACAAUACAUACAAAAGUUGAAAUAAGGUGAAAACGUGGAAAAUUUGUAACAAGUGUCCACGUAUGUGAACGCGGGUAACGCCAGUUACAACAGGUCCAUCAUUCUUCUUUGUAUUUGGAAACCUUGCCUUUGUAAAACAACUUUUCCAGCACAUUAGUUAUCAUUAUCACUACUUAUCAUUGAUAUCAUUAUCGUAAACAUUAACGUGGCCGCUUGCAAACAGCUUUGAUUCAACAUUUUCACUAUCAUUAUCUACUGCCAUCAUUAACACCCUAAUCGCCAUGUUGAAUGUUUUCAUCAUCAUUAUCACUAUUCAAGACCCAUUUAUUUGCUUGCCCACAGCAUUCAUGUUUACAUUCAAACUGAAUGGUUUCAUAAUCGGCAGUAGCGUUGGGACAGUGGGUACCCAAAAAGUGUGCUUGUAGCAUUUAUCCAAAGAGUGUUAAUAAAAGGCUCUUCUUCAA